AUGACGAAUCUGAACAACAGAUCAGGCCUUGGCAAUGCCGGCGUCGCCAGCGUGGCAUUUUGUGUAGCAAUUGCCACGGGCGUGGCAGCCUUAGCUGCCACUGGUGCCUCCGCCGCUGCCGGCAUCGCAGUGCUGGCGGCCACCGGAGCGGCGGUGGUGGGGGCCAGGAGCAGUGAUGCCGAUGAACCCUGCUGGGCCAGUCAUUGCGGUCGCCAGGAUCAGCUAAGUUCAGAACUGGUGGCCGUCCUGCCAGCUCAACGAGUGGAGCUGGACGUGUCGUCUCCGCUGACCAUCGACAGCGUCAAGGUGCGAAAGGUGCACUUCAACCUGACAAAGAACACUGUGCAUGAGAUUACUCCUUACUCAGAGGUCUAUGGUAUGCAUCCGCGUCUUUUGGGGAUUCAAAAGGGGUCCUCGACCUUGGAACCUCUGAAAGAUAGCGAUGAGGAUGACGAGAGCUCUGAGCUGGCGGACGGGAUUUUGGGCCAAUGGGCUUUGGCCAAAGUGUCCAAAUUUUGGCCACUUCUUGGCCUGACGGCCUUUUGGUUCUGCGUCCUGGGUCCUGCCACUUUCUUAGAGAUCACUUCCUGCAGCUUGCCCACUGGUUGGGAAGGCCUCGCCUACUUGAUGUAG